AUGUGGAACACGGUGGCUGUCUGUGGUGCCCCUCACAUCCACCUUCACUGUCUCACAAAGGGGCUCCAGGAACCUGGAGGUGAAGGCCUUGGUCUGAGGCUCAUACCCUCAGGUCGCAUAGGAGAGGAGGCCCAAGCAGUGCCAGGAGUCAAGGUGAGCCUCCAAGGUCCCAAUCGGUCACCUGCCCACAUUCCAGCUGGCUGCCUGACACGUUGUCAUGAAUCUAGGUCAAGUGGGUGGCUCUGCAAGUGUGAGGAAGACCAUCAGGACCCAAGAGAGACCCAGGGCCUGGUGGAUGCACAGCUGUCUGGGGCUGAGGAGGAGGAGGCCAUAUCCCCCUCAUCCUCCCCCUCUGUCCCCUUCCUGGGCACCCUGGAGGAGGUGGCUGUGGCUGCAGCCCUGAGUCCUCCCCAGGGCCCUAAGAGUGCCCGGCCCUCCAGCUCUGCCAUGGCAGCCACUCCUUGGAACCAGUCCGGAGGCGAUGGCUACAGCAGCCAAGAUGAGGAAGGGCCAAGCACCUGGGAGGACCCGGGAGACGCCGACUCCUCGCUCCAAGAUACACUAAGUCUGAAAUUCACUGACCUGGUAGGGUUCCUGCUGCUCAAGUAUCGCACAAAGGAGCCCACCACAAAGGCGGAGACGCUGAAUACGGUCCUCAGAGAUUACCAGGACCACUUCCCUGUCAUCUUCAGACAAGCCUCUGAGCGCAUGAACCUCAUCUUUGGCAUUGACGUGAAGGAAGUGGACCCCAGCGACCACGCCUAUGUCCUGGUCACCACCCUGGGCCUCACCUAUGAUGGGAUGCUGAGUGGUGAGCAGAGCAUGCCCAAGACCGGCCUCCUGGUGAUGCUCCUGGGUGUGAUUCUCUUGGAGGGUGACUGUGCCCCCGAGGAGGACGUCUGGGAAGCACUGAGUGUCAUGGGGGUGCGUGCCGGGAGGGAGCACUUCAUCUACAGGGAGCCCAGGGAGCUCCUCACCCAUGUUUGGGUGCAGGAGCAAUACGUGGAGUACCGGCAGGUGCCCAGCAGCAAUCCUGCACGCUACGAGUCCCUGUGGGGUCCCAGGGCCCACGCUGAAACCAGCAAGAUGAAAGUCCUGGAGUAUUUGCUCAGGGUCAGUAGCAGGGAUCCCAAUCCCUUCCUCCACCUGUGUGAAGAGGCUGUGAGUGAUGAGGAAGGGGCACCUGAGCCCGAGGGCGGCCAGGCACGGGGCAGGCCCAUGCCCAGCACCUUCUCCUGCUGGGCAUGAAGUGAGGCCGCUUCUUCACUGUGUGUUUCAUCAGAGAGCAGUGAGUGUCCUAAGUAAUGGAGGGGCGAGGUGGGAGGCCACUGUGGAUAGUGUCUGUGGGUUCCUGUCCUCUCUGAUGGAUCCUGGAGAUGGACCUUGGUUUCUGUUAGGAAUUUUCAAAUGUUGUUCCUUUUAAUAGAAGGUUUAAUUUGCUUCAGCGCCUAAGUUUUGAAUGCCCUUGAUCACAUAUGCAUUUGUACUUAUCCAGGCCAAGAGUAAGAGUUUUGCUAUUUUGUAAAAGUAAUUGGGACACCUUCCACCAUAGCCUGUGAUCUGAACUGGAUGACAUGGCACUGGAACAGCAAUUUCCUUGGAAAUGUGAAAGAACUUAGCAGUCAAAUCGAUGGGGUCAAGAAAUAGAGA